AUGGAUAUUAGUGAACGUUCCCGUUUUCCGACUGCACGUACAUCGGGCCGCCGCGGUGUAUUCCAACAGUAUUGUCAUACCUGGAGUAGCAUUUUAGUUAAAGAUGAACGCGCCCCGAUUGAUCAUUCUCGAGGGCGCUUGCAGUCUGUCAAUGGUAUAAUGUUCUAUUCACCAAACUGUUCAGAUACUGUUAGCGCUCCACGUCCCAGUCCUGAUCGCGAGUCGAACAGCCUCGUCAUCAAUUACCAUAAUGAUCUGUCCUCCUUGGUCAAUGAUCCUCAGUGGUGGACAGCAAAUUUUGGUUGGCUGUCCUUUACACCUAAAAGGCCUUUCUUUGGUGGUGGUCUACUGGGGCGACUGGCAGACAUACAUAUUGAGGAAAUCGAGGGAAAGUAUUCAAUGCCUGAAGACUUGAUAAAUAGCUGGACAAAGCUUGAAUACAUAAUUCGCAGUGUCAUCAUUAUAUUGGGGGGCGUGUACGGAAUACCUUCUAUCGGUCCUGCCUAUCCUGCAGCCAGAGGAUAUCAGAGGCAACAUGCUUAUCGAUCAGUAGCACAUCGGGAAGCCCGAGCUUCUCGUGAUAUAUUUGUGCUGUGGAUUGGCCUAUUAUCGUUCUUAAUAGCAGGAGCAGAUAGCUUAUCGCAAAAGGGCUAUGAAUGGCCUUCUCUUCUCGAGAAUCAUUUGCAAUUCCAUCCUGCCAUUGCUGAUUUAAUUCGGGCAUCUGACCUUGGCACGUUCUCACAUGAAGUUCAGCGCGUUGGAGCGUUUAUCUAUCUUACCAAAGAUGACAUCGAAAAGACUCACCAACCUUCUGUUCGCUGGCUAAUCGCUCACAACAUUCCGAUCUGGUAUCAAUGGGAUGUGGACGAAAUAGAGUGGGCAAAGCAUGACCCAAUAUUUGCUCAAUUUGGUCCCCCGCAAAGUGGUGGAAUACCAGAGUCAUCUGCAAAUCCUCUCGGCUCUCCGGCAACAACCACAGUCAAAACAAUCACUUGGAGAGAAUUCUUUGAAAGACGUGAGGAAAAUCGUCCCCGUCUUUUAAGUCUGGAGACAGCAUUGGAGCGUGAAAGACACUUGAAUCGAGAACGAAAUCCACCCAUAAAAUCUGCAAAGGUUUUUGUAUGGGACCGUGACCCUGAACUCCCUGGUCGAGAAGAAGUCCUUGCUAGUGAACGUAUCGAGACUUUGGAGGAAUAUGGCCCUGAACAGAAACGAUAUGAUUCCUAUUGGAACGAAUGGGAUUGUUGUUUUGAAUUUGGAAGGUUCCGUACUCCAUCUCCAGAUGAAAUGGAAGAUGAGCACAUGGAUAUGGCCCCCUCUGCAGAUCAACAAGCUUCUGAAUAUGAUAUUGAUUUCAUCCCUCGUGAACAACGAUGCCCAACCCCUCUACCUGAUGAUCUGUAUGAGCAAACAGAUGUACCCCCUGAUAUCUUUCAAGAUGGCCCCCAGUCAACAAUUGCUGGCUUAAUUUCAGAAGUACAGGAGACCUUGACCCUUCACUAUGGCAUGGUUCUGCCAGAUCUUAACCAAGCCAAUUAUAAGGAGGUUUCAGACAAAGAGAAGAAAUUCUGGCUGCGGUGGAUUGGAGUUUGUGAAGAGAAAAAGCUUGAAUCUGUUGUUUCUCAUUUCUGGCCAACUGCACGGGGCCGUUUUUUUGUUGAAUUUACACGUCAAAUUCUCGAAGGGCAGCAAAUCAUCUCCGAUCUUGAACUUCCAAAAUCUUCUUCUUUUCGUGAACGCCUUGAUUCUAUUGCCUUGUACAGAAAUUCUGACGCCGAUGUACCAGCGAAAUGGCUCUACGUAUUUUUAUUCGAUAAAGUCACAGUUCGCUGGAGGCUAGCUGUAACAACAGCCUCUGAUGCGUUGCUGGUUUGCCGUCUUGAUGCUCAAUUUCUGGAUGUAGAUAUUGCAUGUUUCUUGGCAUUACGUGGGAUUCCAUUCCGCACUUUGCUGACUGAGCCGCUUAUGCCGCGCUCAAUAUCGUACCCCGAUGUUGAGUUAUUUCUUCCACAGCAUCCUGCCAGAUACCGCUUUACCAAAUUGGAUUAUGAGGCAUAUCUGCAAUGUCAAUCACGAAUUCUUCGAUGUCCCCGCGUACGGGCAGCUAUCCUUCGUGGUGGUUUUUUGUGGCGAUUGACAAUUGGAAGCGUGAGCAUAGAUGAGUUGUUGGAAGGACCUGUUGGAGGAGGAAGCCUUCUUGUUGUCGACAAUAGCAAAGGAUAUCCGCCGCUUCUCGAUGAUAAGCUGACUCAUAAUGAAAUGGACUGGAUCUGUGGAAUGUAUGUGUGCUCAACAGGAGUUGCCAAAGUAUAUUCCAACAAAUCAUGGUGGCCACCUUACAACAUCUUUGACAACAACAAUGCAUGUGAAAGUUAUGGUCACUGGAAUGAGAUGUUGGAAUCAACAUACGUUAAACGCUUGCAAGAUAUUCGUUUGGGUGCAGCUCAACCUCUUACAGUAUCAGAUUGGAGGAAUAAGCUCAAAGGACAUAAGGAAACACGGGAACUUAAAUCUAUGAGGGAACAGCGAGCUACGGCCUUUUUUGAUCAUGCAUAA